AUGGCGCACACAUGUCCAUGUUGUGGCAAGGACUUCACAUUACUAUGCGCUCGCUGCCAGGAUUUGGAUGUCACAUACCAAUGGACCUCUUCGUCGUCGUCAGAUCUAGAACUUACACCUACCAGCGAGGACUCAUUAUGCACUGCUAUCGUCUGUGUGGAAGGUCCCUCUCCGAACGUCGAUAUCGAUACGCAAUUGGAUCGCUUCUUUCGGGCGUUUGAGGGGUUCAAAUAUGACCCAUUCACUACGUCCUCUCUCAGCUUUGCGCAGCUCAAAGAGUACCAUGGUGACCGCAAGAGCUACCAAGAGAUCGAAGCUCUAAGUAAGCGUUUUCACAAGGCCAUUGACAUAGAGCUAGAGGAUCUUUACGGCAGUAGUAACGAUCUAGCUGCAUGGCAGGCGCUAUGCCGUGCCGUGGUCACUGGAGGAGAGGCGCUCAAGAAGUAUUCGAAGCAGCAGAAUAAGGUCUUUCCCCUGGCUGGAGGAGCAAGAGUGAACGGUGACCAGAGUGCUGCGCUCAAGGCUUUUCUACGUCCACUCAACCAAAAGCAUUGA